UGAAGCUCCGCCCCUCACCAUCGCAAAUCUGUGUGUGUGUGAGAGAGAGAUGAGCUGAAAUCCAUCCGGACCGUGUGCAUGAAGAGUGAGGUCCAAAAACAACACAGUCCAGCUCGAGUGUCGCUUCGAUGAUGGCCGCGGCUAUGGAGAGAGGAGGAGUCCGGGCGGCCUUCAUGAAUCCGGGUGUCGGCGUACCCGCGGCCGCUCCCGCUGCGCCCGCAGGAUCCGUUAUGGCUGGUGCCGCCGCGGGUUUGGGCUCGGGUUCGGUGGGUUCGGCUCCGAUCAUGCCCGUGCCAAUGAAUUUGUUCGCGACGUGGGAAAUUGACCGCUCGUCUCCGAGCUGCGUUCCGAGGCUGUGUAGUCUGACGCUGAAGAAGUUGAUGGUUCUGAAGGAGUUGGAUCGUGAGCUCAGUUCUGUGGUUAUCGCUGUCAAGAUCCAGGGUUCGAAGCGCGUCCUGAGGUCAAACGAGUACAUGCUCCCACCCAGCGGCCUCAUGGAAACAGACCUGGAGCUCACCUUCUCCCUACAGUACCCACACUUCCUGAAGAGAGAUGCCAACCGGCUGCAGGUCAUGCUUCAGAGGAGGAAACGCUACAAAAACAGAACUAUUCUGGGUUACAAGACGCUGGCCGUUGGUGUUAUUAAUAUGGCUGAGGUUAUGCAGCAUCCCACAGAUGGAGGACAGAUUCUAGGUCUUCAUAGUAACGUGAAGGAAGGUCCGGUGCGUGCGGCUGAGCUGAGUGUUUUUUCAUUGUCCAGUCAACCUAUUGACCCGGAGGACGGCAGCGGACAGCCAGAGGCCAAGACCAAAGCAUCAGACCGAUCUCCGGAUUUGGAUAAUUAUUCAGAAGAUGAUGAUGAUAGUUACUCUUCAGAGCAAGAAGGCAGUGAUGAUGCUGUUCAGGGUCAGGACCUUUAUGAUGAAGAUGAGGAGGUUCAACGAAAGCCCAAAAAAUCUCGAAGGAAAAUGAUAAGAACCACAUCUAUGACUCGGCAACCGAACUUCAAACAGAAGUUUGUUGCUCUUCUGAAGAGAUUUAAAGUGUCUGAUGAGGUUUUGGACUCAGACCCAGUUGAUCAGACACAGGAGGUUGAAGAUUUGGAUCUUCUGUAUGACAGUCUGGAGGUUUAUAACCAAAGUGACAGCGGCCCAGAGAUGGAGGACAAUGAGAGUUUACUCAGCACACCCAAACCCAAACUAAAGCCAUUUUUCGAGGGGAUGUCUCACUCCAGCUCACAGACAGAGAUCGGGAGUUUACACAGCCAGAAGAGUCAACCGAGAGAACAGCCAUCAACUGGUGGUGAUGUGUUAACAGUGGAUAAGAACAAAAGCGCUGCUGCUCGAUAUUUGGAUGAGACCGCAUUGUUGGACUCUACAGCUGUGGAGCUGAUGGAGGAGGAGGCGGGCGGGGGAUCGGUCACAUGUGAUUCCAACAUGAGCUGGGAUGUGAACACAGAGAAAUUAACAGGAAGUGUUGGCAAACUCUGCAAGGCCGAAUCUCAGACUCUCAUGUCACCUAGUAAAGCUGACAGUAAAUCACAGCGUCGUCCACGCAGCACAUCGAUGAAGGACAGACAGAACUCAAAAGCUCAAAGCGAUCGAACCAACAGCAUCGAGAGCGAAACAUCACCCGACUCCAGACUCAUUACACAGGUGCCGAGAAAAUCAGUAUACGAUCAACUGAAUCAGAUCCUGAACUCUGAUGAACAUCUGCCAGAGAGCAUGAUCCUUAUCAACACUACAGACUGGCAGGGACAGUAUUUGAAUGAGAUCCUUCAGGAGCAUCAGCAGCCCGUUGUGUCCACCAUCUCACCUGCAGAUGUCCAGGGUGCGUUCAACACCAUUGUCACCAGGAUUCAGCGAUUCUGUAACUGUAAUGCACAGACGCCGCCAACCAUUAAGGUUGCUGUGGCGGGUGAUCAGAGUUACCUCAGCACCGUUCUUCGCUGUUUUGUGGAGCAGCUCGCCAACAAGACGCCUGAUUGGUUGAGUUAUAUCCGUUUCCUGGUCAUUCCUGUGGGUUGUCAUCCAUUGGCCAAGUACAUCUCAACAUUUGACAGUAAAUUCAAUAACAUCUUCAUGGACGCAGGCUGGAGGGAUGUGUUUGGGAGGUUGGAGGCACCGACUUCAGAUAAUAUUGAUGUGGCCGGACGUGUGUCACAGUAUCUCACCGGAGCAAAUCUCUCCCAUCAGUUCCCGAUUUCUGAGGCCAUGCUCACCUAUAAACAGAAAAGGAAGAGAAGUUUGUAUUUUGAUUUUUACAUCAGUCCUGAUGAAGACUCCUGUCAGAAGUUUGUCCCGUUCAUUGGGUUGGUGAAAGUGGGAAUUGUAGAACACAGCUUAUCUACAUCCGUGGACUCUGAUGAUGUGAUGGUGGGAAGCGUGAACAUGCUGUCCUCACCUCCGGCCCAGACGGGGACCUCACACAGCAAAGACAUGACCUCUACACCUCCAUCAUCUCCUUCUGUCUCUGCCAGUCUCUCUACAGCAGGUUCUCCAGGCUCUGGCGGUGAGGUAAUGGGUCUUCAGGUGGAUUACUGGACACUUCAGGGAUCAGAGAAGAAGAAAGAAGGUGACAAGAGAGAUGUGGGAAUUAAGAACACACUGAAGAGUAACUUCCGCUCACUGCAGGUGUCUAGAAUUCCAAGUGGAGGCGAACCGACACCUCCUCCCGGCAUGGCCAUGACUGUUGUCAUGAAGGAGAAAAACAAGAAAGUUAUUUUUCUAAGCAAGAAGCCGAAAGAGAAGGAUGUGGAUUCUAAGAGUCAGGUGAUCGACGCCAUUAGCCGACUCAUCUGCACCGCCAAACACCAGCACACUAUGCUGAAGGUUUCAAUUGAUGGCGUGGAGUGGCAUGACGUAAAGUUUUUCCAGCUAGCAGCACAGUGGCCAACGCACGUUAAGCACUUUCCAGUGGGAAUCUUUAGCUACAGCAAACCUGUGUGAACUGCCAUUCCAGAAACCCCUCCUGCACAUUAAACAUUACAAAUGAGGGAGUGAAACAGACUUAUGGAUUUUCCUGUGGAAAUUUUUCCUUGUUGAUUUGAAAGCCUGUGUCAGAAGUAUUGUUGCUCAUCAUUUUUGUUAAUCUGGCAGUGAAAGAAACAAUGAGAUGUUUAAAAACAAGCACUGUCUUUUAUUUUAUGGUAAGCAGUAAGUGUGUGGUAGGAAGUGUACAGACACGUACAGCUUCAGUCGCACUUUGUUUGAAUUAUAGUUCAUUAUUAUUAUUUCUGUGAAAUUUUCAGUGUCAGUAAUUGUUCUAUGUACAAUAUUAUAGAAUGGGAUUUAAGAAGUGAAGUCAAAUGAGUUUUUGUGCAACAGGUGUGUUUGUGAGUUUUGUGAAUUUCGCAAUGAUGCGUGAUUUGCAAGUGGGAGGGGUUAAUGCACAUGUGGGAGGGGUUACAUUUAUGUUGCAGAAUGAUUUAAUUGGAGCUGUGAAAAAAAGGCACGUCUUUUUAUUUUUUUAAUAACAUGCACACUUUGUGAUAAAGAAAAUUGACUUGGAUUUACUAAUAGUUAAAGUGUCAUUAACUGGAUGAAUUGAGAAUGUGUUUGGGGGAUAAAACACAUGUCACAGUGUGAUAAUUUAAGUAAAAGAGUACAAUCUAAAGGGAAAUCAAGUUGCGAGGUAACAGGUAACAUAGAUUUAUAUGAAAGUGAUUUUAAAGGCCCUUUAAAUGGUUUUAGUCCCAUGUAUGUGGAUUUGUGUGUGUGCGAGAGUGUGAAUAGGGUUAGCAUGUGAUCAUGUGUGUGUGUAUGCUCUGAAUACAGGGUCCAGUCACUGCCAGCUAACAAGGGCUCAUGUUUGUUAGGAUGAGAACAAAAAAUGAUUUGUGAUCUCAUCCUAUUGAGUGUUUGUGAAUAUCUGUGGUAAAUCUCCUGCUUUAAGUCCCUUUACAAAGAUCUCCUGUUUAUACAGUACAUAUUGACAAACAGUGUUUAUAGCAGCUUUACCUGUGAUUUUGUGUGCUUUUUGUAUGAAAGCAUCAGUAUUCAUUUGCGUGGGUUAUUUUGCUGUGGUGUUAUUUUAAAGUCAAGAGGAAACUGCAAUAUUGUUACAUUUCUCAGAGAGUAAACGUUUUGUUUAAGCGUCUUUCAGAACUGUUACUCUUAUUUUCCAUGAACUCUGUUUGUAUUGAUUUUAUGAUUAGUUUAUUUAAUGUGGGCUGCUGAAGUCUUUAGUUACUCUUGUUAUUUUUAAGCACUAUUUUUGGCAUUGGGAGAUUCUUUAAUCUGGAGAACACUAAUAUUUAAGCUGUCUGUUUGAAAUAGAAAUACAGACAUUUGCACAAAGCAUCUUUUUAAAGUAUGACAGUAUUGAUUUUGAAGGAUUCACAGAGGAAAGAUUUUCUCCUGUUGUCUUUAAUACGUGUAUAGAAACAUAAACUGCCAUUUCAUAUCCUUUCUACUGGUUUUAAUUGUCAUAUGAAUAUGAAAAUGAUUUUAACCAUAGCUGCAUUGUGAGUAACACAUUUAAUGUUACUAUUUGUUUUUGUAUCUCUUUUUAAAGGAGUUGAUCUCUUAUAUAGACAUGUUUUUUUUGUAAUUUAGACAUGUAAAUGAAACUAAAGUGAACCAGUGUGUUCUUUUCAUUGUGUGUAAAAACACAUUAUUUUCAGUAUUUGAUAAUAUUCAGAAUAUUAUUUGAGUAUUGUGGAAAUAAAUUAGAAAAA